GAGAUGCCGCUAACUUGGCACAUGUCUUAGAGUAAACAAUUACAUUACAUUACCCCACGAACCCGACGUUCCGGUAUUCGGCAGUGCCCCUUCCAGCGCGGCGGCUUUGGUCGGCAAUGUACGGGGAAGCUUUUAUCUUUGAGGCUCUCGAGAGGGCGAAUUGAUCUGGUCUUUUCUUCCAUUUGCAUUCUCAAAUUCACGCUGCCAGACACAUCGAGUCGUCUGCUUCAAAGAGGGAAACCGCUUGACACAUUUCUGCGGGGAACAGCUGCGAAAACAAGGGCGCAAGCUCCAAAACAGUUUCGGGUCAUUGUACUGUAGCCACCUCCCCAUAUCCUCUCGCUACCCUCUCUUGACAAUUGUACAUUUACAUUGUACUUUGCAUCCUGCCAACCAAAUACCUUGCAAAUCAAAACCCCCGAUCUGGUGGUCCGGUUCAAACCGAGCCGCUUUCUCCAUCAUCCCAGACCCCCACCACAAGUUUACCCCGCGGCGACCAUGGCCACCGGCCUCCCCAGCUCCGCCGGCAACCUCGCCCACCUUCUUCCGCCGUCAUGGAAAGCCCAGAUAACGACCUGGCUCGCCGAGGAUACGCCCUCCUUCGACUACGGCGGCUUCGUCGUCGGCGAGGAUCCCCGCACCGCCACCCUCUGGGGCAAGAGCGAGGGCAUCGUGGCCGGCGUGCCCUUCUUCGACGAGAUCUUCGCCCAGUGCGGCUGCCGCGUCGAGUGGCACCUGAAGGAGGGCGACGAGGUGGCGCCCUCGCCCGAUAACAAGGGCAAGGUCAAGGUGGCGACCGUCAGCGGGCCCACGAGGCAGCUCUUGCUGGGCGAGAGGGUCGGUCUGAACAUGCUGGCCAGGUGCUCGGGCAUUGCGACAAAGACGAGAAAGAUGGUCAGGCUGGUCAGGGAUGCCGGAUAUACCGGUAUCUUGGCCGGCACGAGGAAGACGACGCCGGGCUUCAGGCUCGUCGAGAAAUACGGCAUGCUCGUUGGUGGCGCGGAUAUGCACCGGGUGGACCUGAGCUCCAUGAUCAUGCUCAAGGAUAACCACGUAUGGAGCCGUGGAAGCAUCACGGACGCCGUCCAAGCGGCACGUUCUGUCGGUGGCUUUGCGCUCAAGAUCGAGGUCGAGGUGCAAAACGAAGCCGAGGCAGACGAGGCCAUUGAGGCUGGUGCAGAUAUCAUCAUGUUGGACAACUUCACAGGCGACGGUGUCAAGGUUGCUGCCAGAAGCUUGAGGGAAAGGUGGCAAGGCAAGAAAUCGUUCUUGUUGGAAGUGAGUGGUGGUCUGAAAGAGGAUAAUGUUGCGCCGUAUGUGUGCAACGAUAUCGACAUUAUCUCGACGAGCUCGAUACACCAGGGCACUGGCUACGUCGACUUUUCGCUGAAGAUUAAUCAAUAGCUUCACAAUAGAAAUGCAUCGAAAUGUUUAA